CUUUUUCCUCAAACAAAUUAUAAAUUACAACAACAACUAUAACAAAUUCAAUAAUAAAUAAUAUUCUUAAUAAAACUGUGCGGAUUGUGUGCGAAUAUUGUUCAAUUGGAAAAAACAAGCAGCGAAAACCUGAACACAAAUGUUGAAAAUUCAUAUUGGAUUAUAAAUUUGUGGAUAUACACAUUCAUACAUAGCUACUUAUUGAACGAUUGUUCCCGACAGCAAGUAGUGCGCAAAUGGGUGAUAUUUAAGGUCUCUACAUCUUCAGCUCAUAGUUUCGUUUAUUUGUUCAUCGUGUGCUCGUAAUUACAACAACCAAGCCAGCAAGCGUAACUGACUUGGUGCCGAGCAGCUCAUUGGGUGACCCAGCAACCCAGUGGAGCGGCAACACCAGCCGCAGUCGUAUUUCCGUGUGGCGUUGGUCAACACAAACAAUUAAAAUCGUGCACGCGUCUGGUUCAAAAUGAAAAUGCUUCCCGUACAGCUGUCGUUGAAUCCGCAGCUCGGUCUGUGGAGCGAUAUGUUGUGGCGUUGCCCACCGGCACCCUCUAGCCAGCUGGCUGAAUUGAAAACACAAUUGCCGCCAUCGUUGCCAUCCGACCCGCGUUUGUGGGGCCGCGAAGAUGUCACCGUCUUUCUGCGUUUCUGCGAACGUGAAUUUGAUUUGCCCAAAGUCGACCAUGAUCUCUUUCAAAUGAAUGGCAAAGCGCUCUGCCUGUUAACACGUGCCGACUUCGGUCACCGUUGUCCGGGUGCAGGCGAUGUACUACACAAUGUCCUCCAAAUGCUCAUCAUCGAAUCGCAUAUGAUGCAAUGGCAUUUGCCCAACAGUCCGGUCACACCCACAAGCCGUUAUCCAUUAUCGCCACACAGCCAUCCGCAAACGCCGACAUGGCCUCCGAUUGGUGCACCACCAGAGAGUCCCUUUCACAAUACGCACAUGCAUCACUUUAUGGCGCCCAACUCGGUCACACUCAGUCCGCCGCCUUCGGUGGACUCACAAGCCAGCAGCCCGCCACAAAGCCAGGAGCAAAAUUUAGCCGUCGCUGCAGCAGCCGCAGCCGCCGCCGCCGCUGCGUCAGUAAGUGGCGCCAGCACAAGCAGCAGUAGCAGUAGUAGCACCAGCAGUGGUAGCAGUAAUAGCGGUUUGGGCGCGAGUGGUAGUAGCAACAGCAGUGGUGGCUUAGUUCCACCAACCAUUUCCGUUACCAUGAGCAGCGCUAAUGGAUAUGCGGCACAUCAUGCCGCCGCCAGCACGGGUGCCAGCAGCAAUCAAUCGGACUCGGAUGAGGAGGGUAGCUACUCAGAGUUGGCCGCUGCUAAUACAUUGAGUAAAAGCGGUGCAGCGGCCGCAGUGGUGGCUGCGCAUUACAGCGCCAGUCCGCCAACUACCCCGAUUUUGAAGGAUAUGCCGCAGAGCUUGUCGCAACAGAUAACCAACAGUUUUGUGAAUUCGUGGUCGCAAAAUCAGGCCGCGCAGGCGUUGGGACAAAAGUAUCAGCCCGUUGCUGGCAGUUCCAGCGGUGGCUCCGUUUCGGCGCCAACAACGCCGAGCUAUAUGCAGCCCGUGAAGCGGGAAUUCUUUCCAGAAACCGCAGAGCCCAACACAAAUGGUCGCUUGCUGUGGGACUUCCUGCAGCAGUUGCUGAACGAUCGCAACCAGAAGUACAGUGAUUUGAUUGCGUGGAAGUGUCGUGACACUGGCGUCUUUAAGAUCGUCGAUCCCGCUGGAUUGGCCAAGCUCUGGGGCAUACAAAAGAAUCAUCUCUCUAUGAAUUAUGACAAAAUGUCGCGUGCGUUGCGCUACUACUAUCGCGUCAAUAUAUUGCGUAAGGUGCAGGGCGAACGUCAUUGCUAUCAGUUUCUGCGCAAUCCAACUGAGUUGAAGAACAUCAAGAAUAUAUCCUUGUUGCGUCAAUCCGUUGCAGGCAACGGUGGCCCAACAGCGCAGACAGCCGGCGGCGCUAACAACAACGCUGGUAUGUCCAGCAGUAACAAUAAUAUUAGUAACAACAACAACAAUGCCAACAGUAACAACAACAACAAUCAGUCGCAAAGUACAAAUAUGAACGGUACAAAUUGGACAUUGCCACAUCCGCAGUCGCCGCAGCGACACCCAGCCGCACACGGUGCCAGCAACAGCAACAGCGGCAGCGCAGCCAACAUUAAUGGCAGUGGCAACGGCGCCAAUGUGGCCGGCCAUCACAAUCACAGCAACAGCAUGAGUAAUCCACACAUGAGUCUUCCUGCGAUUUCACAAUCAGCUGCCGCCGCCGCUGUCGCCGCUGCUGCUGCGGCUGCGUACGGCCCACCACCCACGUCGCCACUCUUCAUGCACGCCAUUAACGGUGCCUUCCAAUACCUGUCCAACAAUCCGGUGGGCGCACCACCCAAUUCGCCCGCCAUGCCACACACGCCCAGCGAGAAAUUCCAAUUCUCCGCCCUGAAGGUGGAGCAACACAGCAGCGGUUCGAGAUCACCGGAUCAUGGUGAGGAAAUGAAACCGACCGACUUGAGUGUGGCGGGAAAUAGCAGCGAGAAGCGACCUUAUUCGAGUCCCUCGGCAGAGGAUUGCUAUCCACUCAUCCGCAACGCUGACGGCCUUACGACAAUCAAAUUGAUACGUUACAAUAAUGAGCAUAAUGAAGCUGGCGCGUCCAAACAAUCGGCGCUUGAACAACAUCAUCUUCAGCAACAGCAGCAGCACCAACAACAACAACAACACCAACAGCAAGAAGCAUUAUCUAACGCUGAACAACAACAACAGCAACACACCCCCAUGGAUCAUAUGGACAAUGAAGGACAUGAUGAUGAGUCCACGAGCGCCGCUUCUAUGCCAACCGAUUUGCGCAAGUAAGCGCUUAUGUGUGUGCGCGAGCGAAUGAAGCUCUAACGAUUAUGACAAUACAUACAUACACAAGUGUACAUACAACACACAACAAAACGAUGAGAAGGUGGUGAGCGAGAAGUGAAUGCAAAUUUAACGCAACACACACGAAAACAGGACAAUCAAUUGAGAAGGAAAGUGCGAAAAGAGUGAGCAUAAGUCAGCGUACGCCUACAGAGUGAGCUUAAGGAAGAGGAAGACAGGCAUUUCGCAGCGAAUUGGCAAAUGCAGUGUCAACCAAAAACUACAAAAAGUCGUCGAAAACGCUUAAGCUCAGCUAGUGGACUUCUAAGGCCUGCCACAGUGCCAAAUAUUUGUAUGUAGCUCAAGCUCAAGCUCAAGUAUUGUCAAAGUAGUGUCGCGUCAUUGAGAUGUUACAAUAAAAAAUGUUAACUCUCUAUUGGCUUUUGAUUGAAUUAUUUCCAUUUGAAGAAUUGCACAGAUUGCAGUUGCAAUAACAAAAAUGAGAAAGAAUUAAAAAGUGAAAGUAAAAAUUUCCAAAAUAUUUUUUAAAUUUAAUUUAAAUUCAAUCUAAUUAAAGUGAAAUUAGUGAUUUAUACAAGUACUACAUGGGUACAUCUGCACGUGUGCAAGCACAUGGGCAAAUAAUAACAACAACAAAAACAAACAAAAAUUAAAAGCAAAAUAAAAAUUGGCUUACAUUUAAGUAUAUAUGUAUGCGCAGAAUAUAAGGAUUUAUUUAAGUGCAUUAUUAGACCUCUAAAUACACAUACAUACAUACAUACAAUAUAUGCAUACAAACAGUCAAAAAACAAAAAGGAUUGACAUUUGUUAAGCUUGUAACAUAAAAAACACAAUAUUAAAGAAAUAAUAAUGCAAAUAAAUGUUAAUAACAAAAAAAUAUUUAUGUAUG